AGAAGUAAAUUCAUGCGUCCCCUUUAAAUGGGCGGGUCACAAGGCUAAGAAAGGGAUUGAAGUUGAUUUACGUUAGCACAAUGGCUACCGUCAGUCAGAUUUGGCCAUUUGAGAGAAGACGCUGCCUAAAAGCCCAUGGAAUCAUAACACUGUUAUUUUUGGAUCUAUGUUUGCAAUGUGUGAAUGGGUACCUGAGCUCCCCACACGUGGGCCAGGAGCCCCCUUACAGCCGAGAUGCUCAGCCAGUCAUCACCAGCCCGGUGGUUCCUUCUCCAUCAUCUGCAUCUCCAACUGAUUCAGAUGGCUAUGCUGCCAAAUGCCCCAGUGGGGGUCAAUGCAACAGACUGCCUGCUGACUGCAUCAACUGCAGCUAUCACCACAACUGUAGCUAUGGUAAACUAGCGUCUUUCUCUUGCAAGGCCAAGAGAGGAGUCCACUGCACAGCGGAGUCGGGGAAGCAGCAGACCAACUUCUCCCUGUCUAUCACGUGCCAGUUCUGCUGGCAGCUGGACCUGUCUCAGUACAGAUGCUCCAACUCAACCAGCUGUAUGACCGUUGCCUGCCCCCGCAAAUGCUACAAUGCCACCUGCCAAGUACUGGACCACGUACACUGCUUAGGUAAAAGAGUAUUUCAGAAACGUUUGUACUGCAACUGGACAGGAGGGUACAAGUGGUCUACAGCACUGGCACUCAGCAUUACACUAGGUGGAUUUGGGGCUGACCGGUUCUAUCUAGGCCAGUGGAGAGAGGGUCUGGGCAAGCUGUUCAGCUUCGGUGGCCUGGGCAUCUGGACCCUGAUUGAUGUGCUGCUGAUUGGGGCGGGCUAUGUGGGGCCAGCCGAUGGCUCCCUCUACAUCUGAGACCUGUGAUUGAUGCCCACUCCACAGGCAUGAUGGUUGUAGGGUUGAUACCCUCUCCAUUUCAGUUCAGACUGUCUGACUGUAAAGAUCCACUCCAUGGAGAUGCCAUCCCAUUAUCACACCAUCUGCUUGCCCAAAUUCCCACUGUCUGCAAAGACUGACUUCUUGUCCCAUCUGCCACCAGUGCAGCUUCACGGUCAGCCUUGUCAGGUCCGCCUCUAGAUCAUCAAGCCCAAGCAUCCUUCACUGAUAUACUGUAAUACAAGCUGCACUGAGCAUCGUUUUGGAGUUGUUUGGUUAAUGGUGAUUAGAGUUGGCCAGGCUGAUAUGGACUGACUGGAGAAUGGGAGGUAGGCACAGUUAAGCAGUGCUUGGAAUUAUAUUGUAACAAUGGCCACCUAUGGGGCUCCUUACUCACUGCAUGGUCAUGCAUAGGAGACCAGUAACCAUGGCUUCGGAACACAAAAUUGAGUUAUUAUUAUAAUACCGAUAACAGAAACAAAAAGUGCUUGGAAGAAAAGCAGUGUUUCUUCCCUGCAGGUUUUGUAAAAGCAUGUGGUACCUGCUAAGUGUGAUGGACAGUAAUGUGCAUCGGUGGAUAGCAGAUCAACCUUUCAGUGGUCUCUGCAAACCAACCAGCAAGAGAAUACUUGAACGGUUAUUUUCUUUGGAGUGUAACAUUGAUACAUGAAUGUCAGAUUGUGUGGUUGAAAAUGUGGUUGGGAUACAGAUUUGGGGAAAUGACAUGGUGGUUAUUAUGGCUGGGGCUUAUAUUGUGUAUUUACAUUGUGGAUGUGCACCACAGGAGGCUGUUGAGUGGAGGACGGCUCAUAAUAAUGGCUGGAAAGGAGUGAAUGUAAUGGCAUUAAACACAUGGAAACCAUGUAUUUGAUACUAUUCCACUCCACAUUACCAUGAGCCCGUCCUCCCCAAUUAAGGCGCCACCAACCUUCUGUGAUGUGCACCAAUAUGUAUAUGUCAGAUUUCACCAUUACAUGGCAUUGCACUACAGCUCUGCAUUCCCAAAACACACAAUCUGUUUUCGUAAAGCUGUGCAGGCUUAAACUAGGUCACUAACUGGUUCAGAAUGGUUUUAGUACUAGUUUAAAGAACUUGUACAACAGGUUUUUUCUUCAUAUACGUAGCUUUCAUGAUAUUGUUCAUCGCUAAUCGCCCAGCCCGAAUGGUUACGAUAUGUAGCCUCCCAUAUCCAGAGCAUAGGUAUGUGUGCUGCACAAACUGGUAACCUAUAUUUCUGGUGAAAAUGUGUUCAUGUUCUGGAGGUAGGAUUUUAGUUUCUUUGUAACACUGUAAUGACAGAUGUUUAAGAAAAUUGUAAAUAUUAAACUUGUGAAAUGUUA